UUUACUGGCUUACUCACUGGGACAGAAAUCUGCAGAGACCGGAACCCAGAACCAAGGACCCAUAACCCAGGACCCAGAACCAGGACCGGGACCAGAACCAGGACCCAGAGCGGAUCAGAGAUGGACAGCUGCCGUCUGUCCCUGCUGUAGGUCAGUGAUGGCCGUGGUGUUUCCUGAAUGCGGAGGAGACCAAGUCAGAUCCAGACUCCAUGUUGGUCGUCAUGGCCUCGCUGGAUGGAAGCACGCCGGUUGAGACUCUUCUGGCAGCGAUCCAUCUAGAGAGGUACCAGGACACCUUCCGUCGAGCUGGUCUCCUAUUGGCUAGAGACUUCACACACCUGGAUAAUGAUGCUUUGGUCAGCCUGGGUAUAACCGCCACAGGAUACAGGAAGAGAAUCCUUCGAUUGGUCAGUCACAUUCAGAGGACAGAGAGUCAAAGAGCCAAUCAGAAAGCUGAUCUCCCACGUGAUCGCUGUCAGUCUGUGACAGACAUUACUUUAUCUGGUCACAGCGCUGCAUCGCGGCGUCAGUCGUCUGGACCCAUUGACUUUGAGACGCUCAGGAACAGUUCGGUUCCAAACCUUGGCGCCAUGUUGACCAACUCUGACAGCAGCAGACCUGCGGUGAAGCCGGUUCCAAAACCCAGAACUGUAUUCAACCGCCGCAGGACAACACCCGUCCACUUCUGUCCAACACCAGACCCUGCACCGCCUCCAUCCAGGAGGCUUUCCCAGGAGUCCAUCUGUUUUACUGUGUUAGAGGGUUUGACCUCAGGGGACACGCCCACACCUGACAACAGGUUGACCUCUGACCUCUACGAGAACUCAACCACACCCAGCCGAAAACCAAACCAGACGGAAAGGAGGAAGCCAAGUCGUAGCUUGUCUCUGUCAGACGCUGGAGGGUUUUUACCUCCUGUUCCCCCGAGGCUGAACCGUGGGACCCCCCCCGCCACGUUCCAGGGGUCCCUACCAUCUUCUUCUUCACCUGUACGGACAGAGCAGAACCAGACGGUUCCUUUGACUUCCUCUCCUGGUAGUCUUGACAACAGCAGGCUCUCUGGAUCCUCGCCGACUGGUUCACCCAGAGGUGGCGGGAUGGAGAUGGUCUCUAAUGAGAUCUACUGGGGGACUUUACCUAGUUCUACUGCCCCCAGUUUAGGGAGGAGUUACUGCAACCAGCAGUCAGCACCUCCGACUCCACCCAGACAAACACCUGAGAGGCAUCCAGAGAGGAAUAGUGGCAGCACUUUAAGUAACAACUCUUCAGGAUCAGCCAGAGCUUCAACAGACGACCCUGAGGAGGAGAUCAGCCCGUACUGUGAAACUGUUUUUCAAACCAGAAGAAAUCCACACAUAUGUGAGAGUGAAAGGAGCAGACUGGAUGAGAGAGACAUGAGGAAGGGGGAGGACAAACAUGCAGAGGAUCAUGGGUGUCAGAAGUUCUCCUGGACGAAGCGUUUGUCUCAGGCUCUUCACUCCGGAGACUCUCAGGGUUACAGCACCGUCGGAGAACCUCCACCUCCCGUCCGCUACCUCUCACUGCCCAACCACACUUUCCCCGCAGACGCUGAUGAGGACCUGACCAUCUCCCCCUACGCCAGCUACACCUCCCUGACUGAGAGAGCCCCGCCCAUCAUCAGCGGCUGGCUGGACAAGCUGUCUCCACAGGGGGGUCAGAGGUCAGCGCUGGCUGUCGUGCUGCAUGUCCUCUUCUCUGCUCCUCCCUGUGUCUCCCCCCUCCUGAGGGGCUGCCUCUGCCUUGUCACCUUCCUCUACUCCUCCUCUUCCUCUUGUUCUUCAUCCUCUGCUCGGAAUUAUGUUUUCCAGAAGCGCUACGUGAAGUUUGAUGGCAAAAACCUGAUGUACUUUGGCAGUGAUAAGGACGUCUACCCUAAAGGAGUGAUCCCAUUGGCUGCCAUCCAGAUGGCCCGCCCAGCCAAAGACAACAAAUUUGAAAUCGUGACAAGUCACAGGAUUUUUGUUUUCAGGGCCGAUAAUGAAGUGCUGAGGCGGCGGUGGGUCGGCACGAUGCAGGAACACGUCAGAGAUCAGCUGGUGUUCGGUCGGCGGCGCUUCGGUCCCGGAUCUCACUGUCAGAGACACGGAGUCCUCGAGCUGAAGGGAACCAAGUCCAAAGUGUACGCCGCCAUCAACACGGAGCAGAUCUGGAUCUACAAGAGCGAACAGUGCUUUCGUAACGGAAUCGGCAUCACGGUGAUCGAAGCUCGAGGAUCGACAAUCAGAGACGGGAAACACAAGAGCUUCGACCUCAUCACGCCGUACAAAACCUUCAGCUUCACGGCAGAGUCGGAGCGGGACAAGCGGGACUGGAUGGAGGCGCUGCAGGAGGCCAUCGCAGAGACUCUGUCGGACUACGAGGUGGCCGAGAAGAUCUGGUCCAACCGAUCCAACAGGAUGUGUGCCGACUGCAAGGCCCUGAACCCCGACUGGGCCUCCAUCAACCUGUGUGUGGUCAUCUGCAAGAACUGUGCAGGGCAGCACAGAGGUCUGGGGACGAUGGUCUCUAAAGUUCAGAGUCUCAAACUGGACACCAGCGUGUGGAGCAACGAGAUCGUCCAGCUGUUCAUCAUGCUGGGGAAUGACCGUGCCAAUGAAUUCUGGGGGGCUCGGCUGUCUGUGUCGGAGGAGUUGGACCGUGACGCCUCCCCCGAGCAGAGACGAGACUUCAUCACCCAGAAAUACAGAGAGGGGCGAUAUCGACUCCCCCACCCAGCGUUCAGCAGCCAGGAGGAGCUGCUCAAGGUCUUGUGCUCGGCCGUCUCUGAACAGACUCUUCUGAAAACUGUCACUCACAUUUUCUCGGAGGCGGAGUCAGCUCGCCUUGCAGACGACUCCAACGACUGCCAACGACAUAAUCCGCUCCUGGAUCGCUGCAUCGCUUCAGAUCCCAGUGUGUACGAUGAGAUCAUGCAGCCUGUCCUUCACUCUGGUUUCCUCUACAAGUCCGGCUCCGUCCACAGAGGGACGCUGUCCAGGAAGACUCGAGAAGACUUCCAGAAGUUCUGGUGCUCAGUGGAUCAGUCUCUGCUUUUCUACGAGUCAGACCGAUCAGCUGAUCCCUGCAUGCAGAUCAGCGUUAAAGACAUCGUGUGUUUGGGCGUCAGUCGACCCGACUCCUCCAACAACAACAACGGCUUCAUCGACAGGUUUCGUUACACCUUCGAGUUGUAUUUGACUUCAGAGAAACUUUAUCAGUUUGGCUUGGAGACGGCCGACGCUCUGCACAGCUGGACCAAAUCCAUCGGGAAGGCUGCGACCCCCCUCAGCUGUCACUGCCUGCUGACUCGGGAGUUUGAGCGGGUCGGUCUGCUGCGGUACAGAGCCAUGUUGGACCCUCAGCAGUGGAAGGAGGCGUACUUCGUCCUGCAGAAGUCCAACCUCUUUAUCUGUCCCCGAAACGAUGGAGCAGCAGAGGACAUCAUCAACCUGAACCGUCUGCAGGAGCUCAGUAUCACCUCUGAGACCGAGAACCACGAGAAGAAAGACAUCCUGGUCUUAGUAGAAAAAGGAAGGACCGUCCACCUGCAGGGUGUCGGCCGCACAGAUUUCUCUCUGUGGUACUCUGACAUCCAGCGAGCGGCCGGCGGUAAAGGAAACACUCUGAGGGAGCAGCAGCUGAGCAGAAAUGACAUCCCGAUCAUCGUGGACAGCUGCAUCGCCUUCAUCACUCAGUAUGGUCUGGGCCAAGAGGGGAUCUACAGGAAGAACGGCGCCAAAUCCAGAAUCAAACUCCUAAUGGAAGAGUUUCGUAAAGACGCUCGGAACGUCAAACUGCGGAUCGGAGACCACUUCAUUGAGGACGUGACGGACGUCCUAAAGAGGUUCUUCAGGGAGAUCGAGGACCCCAUCUUCAUGGCCGAGCUCCACCCACUGUGGCAGGGGGCCGCCAAAAUCUCUCAGAAGAGUCAGAGGUUGGACCGCUACAAAGAGAUCAUCCGGAGUCUUCCUCGAGUCAACAGGACCACUCUGGCCGCUCUCAUCAGUCACCUGUUCAGAGUCCAGAAGUGUGCCGAUCUGAACCAGAUGUGCACAAAGAACCUGUCGCUGCUGUUCGCUCCCAGUCUGUUCCAGACUGACGGGAAAGGAGAGCACGAGGUGAAGAUCGUAGAGGAUCUGAUAGACAACUACCUGUAUGUCUUUGAUAUCGACGAGGAGCAUCAGACUCAGAUCGAGCUGGAAAUCAGCCUCAUCACCACCUGGAAGGACACUCAGCUGUCUCAGGCCGGUGAUCUGAUCAUCGAAGUCUAUCUGGAGAUGAAGAUACCAGACUGCUGCAUCACUCUCAAGGUGUCUCCCACCAUGUGUGCUGAGGAGCUGACCAAUCAGGUUCUGUUUAUGAGGAAUGUCCCGGCCGGAGACAAAGACGUGUGGAUGACGUUUGAGGCCAUCGAGGACGGACAGCUGGAGCGUCCGUUACAUCCCAAAGAGAAAGUUCUGGAGCAGGCUCUGCAGUGGUGCAAGAUGGCCGACCCGAGCUCGGCCUACCUGGUGGUGAAGAGAGUUCCUAAAGGAGAAGGCAUCAACAUCCUCACCUCCUAUAAGAGUGAGAUCAUGAAGGUUGGUCUGCUGAAGUGUCGUGAGGAACCUCCGAAGCUCCUGCAGGGGAACAAAUUCCAGGAGCGAACGUUCCAGAUCAUAAACCACAAACUGCUGCUGCUCAAAGACAAGAAGAGCAUCAAACCAGAGAAGGAGUGGUCUCUGAAGUCCAUGAAGAUCUACAUCGGCAUCCGCAGGAAACUGAAAGCUCCGAGCAGGUGGGGAUUCACAGUGAUGUCCGACAAACACCAGCUGUAUCUGUGCUGCAGCUCUGAGGCUGAACUGUGGGACUGGAUCACCAGCUUCCUCAAAGCUCAGAAUGAUGACCCGGGUCCUCCAGUCCUGAGGCGUCACUCCUCCGCAGAUAUCUCCAAGCAGAAGUUCGGCACAAUGCCGCUCGUGCCCAUCAGAGGAGACGAGAGCAACAACAGCAUGCUGGCGGCCAAUCAGAAGCUGAGAAAGUUACACGACAGAAGGACGCUCUCCAUGUACUUUCCCAUGAAGGUGCAGCAGGACUCAUUCGAGGAGCGUUCGGAGUCUCCUGACCUCCCUGAGCCGCUCUACGAGGAGGUCGGGGACUUUGGCCUGCAGGUCCUUAAAUCUCUGGAGACCAGCUUCCUGUCCAGCAGCGCUGCCGAGACCCAGGAAGUCCCAGACCUCCCGCCGCUCAGACUAAUUCCCAUGGAAGCCGGGCACUCGGACCACAUAAUCAUCCCCGACUCGGGGUGUUCCGGUGCCGGUUCUGUGGACAGUCUGGAGCAGAGCGGAGGCAGCAGCGGAGGAGGUGAUGGAGAAGACUUGAACAUCCCUCAGCAGCCUGCAGUGAGGAAGAGGCAGCAGCUGCAGGGAGUCUGUACUCCAUCACAGGAGCUGCUGCUGCAGGAGCUGUCGUCUGCUUUCACCAAGAAGACCAAGGAGGAGGAGGAGGAGGAGGAGGGGGAGAAGGAGGAAGAGGAGGAGGAGAGGCCGUAUGAUGUCUGAGAGGAAAUAAGGUUUUAUCACAGCUCAGUGAAAUCUAUCAAAGUUUCCACAGAGUCUGGUGAAGUCAGGAAGGAAUCAGUUUCAUUUCUAUAACCCUGAAUCGCACAUUUGUCCCAGAGCUCCUCGCAGCAUGUGACCCCCACGAUCAUUCUGCCCUUUACAGAAACUUUCAGUGGAAUAAAAGCAGCCAGUAGGACUUUUAUAAUACCAGCAAAGACACUGAGAAGGACUCAUUUAACCCUGUAAUAUUUGAUCAGUCCCCUCAGAUUAAUGAAUCAUGCCUUGGAAUUACCCUGAUGAUUCUGCUGGCACUGCAGCUCCCAGAUCUCCUCCUGAUGAACUGGUUUAAAAAGAUAAGAAAGACGAUUCGGGAGAGCUCGGAGCUCUGAUGGAGAUGUUCACAAAGACACCUCCAACUUGCUGCUGUUGGUGCCUUGCUACGCCUCCAGUGAGGAACCAAACCGUCAGCUCUGAGAGACACAGAGCAGAAAACUUUCACACAGUCUGAUGGUUUCUGAUGGAACGUAGGAAGUCAAAACUCAGAGACGGAGGAGCAGUGGACACUGUGAUUGGCUGAAGGGUCACUUGACUCACAGUCAGAGUGACAGAACGAGUGAAGUGAAGUAGAUGGGAGGAGGAGCAGGUCGUAGACUGAGGUCAGAAGAGUAGAAUUAAAAAGAUACUGUAAGAACAGCUGAAGCUAUUAUUUUAUAUUAUAUAUUAUUAAAUUACAUAUCUGUGUAAUCUUUUAAUGCCAAAUAACAAGCUCAUCGUUGUCUGUCGUCUGGAUUAUAGCACAAACUGUAUACAGUCUGUAUAUAUUUAAAGGAGCGUUCCGUAGAUUUAUCAUCACACCUGUGACUGAAAAAAGGAUCUAAAUCGAUGCAGCACACAUUCUCCUUCCUUCUUAAAGCCUACAUUACCCACAGUGCACCUCUCCCUCUGACAGCUGUGUGGGCGAUUGUCGUGUGUUAUGUCAGUAGCAGCUUAUGUAGCCUGAGGCCUCUGACCUGCAGCAGAGAUGAGCAGCGGGCUGCAGAGGUCUGGUAAGCUUACUUCUGUUUUUUACUCCACAAUCUGAUGAGACUUCACACACCUCCCUCUGGACACACAAAAGGCUUUAUACUAUGUGUAACACAUGCAGUAGAUCAGUGGUUCCCAACUGGUGCAGCCACGGGGUCCAGAUAUCUGCUUAGUCAUUGAAGGUCCACACAGUUUAAUAUAUUCAGCGUCAUACUUGCAUUUGGCCAUGUCAUCCAGUUAGUUUGCCGUCUCUGUCAAGUAGCUGAAGCUGAAGUUAAAACAGAUGAAAUAGAAGUUGGGAACCACUGCAGUAGAACGCCUCAACACCUGGAGAGGGAAGGAGAAAAUGGCUUCCAGUAUUUGAUUGAUUUGAUGCUUAAAAACACAGAACAGACAACAAACACCUGAGUUUGUUAAAAGAAUACAUCACCUGCAAAAUGAUGAUUUGUCUGUCAGUUGCUGACGCUGUGUUUCGUCAAAUUCGUUCUUGCGACGCCUCAACAGUGAACGGAGAAUCUGAAAAAGCCGAACAAUCGUCGUAAACUGCAGUAAACGAGGAUUAUGUUUAACAGCAGCAAAAAAUCUGAUAAUAAACUCUGGCUUAACUUGUGCAGUAUCAUCCAAGUCUCAUGUAUCCAGUCGUGUGCUCAGUGCUUCCCAGACACAUGCAUUUUUCCUAAAAUCAGGCACGUGCACAGAUGCACCUGCACUUUUGCCCUUCUUGCAAGACAUGUUUUUCUGUUUCUUUUUAUGAUUUUAUAUUUUAGCUUUUAAGUUUAGCCCAUGGCGUCAGUUUCAAAUUAAAAGUGUGUUGUUUGCUCGACAACUGCAUUUGAGUCGAGCUCCUGCCUCCACAUUUUCUCUUGUGGCAGGUGCAUGCAAGUCGAGUGAACGGCAGCAUCACGUCUUUAUGGACAGCCAGAUAACGAUAGUAUUUGCCCUAAGCGUCAGCGCUGUUUGUCACUGAUAUAAAUUAAACCACUAUAAAGACAUCUCAAUACAGUCAGUCUAACAUGGGCAAUAACCCAGAGACAGACGCUGAAAAUCUUCCCCACUUUAACUGAUCUUUUUAAACCAAAAUCAUUUUGAAAUCAAGUUUAUGUUUCCCACGUCGCAGCUCUGAUAAAUGAUUUAAACAAAAAUGACCUGCAGUUUGGGGCUGUGCUGCGUAAAGAGUGCAGAGGAGCAGAGGAGGUGCGUGGGGUGUAUGCAUCUGUUUUCUGGGAGUGUUUAGGAAAAUUAAAAUCCUAUUUAGAAGAUCAUUAUAACAAUUAGAGCAAGACUAUUAAAAAGCAAAGGAGGGGAAGAGAAUGAGGAAAGAAGAAGAACAAAUUGAGGAGAGAAAAGGAAAGGAUUCAAGAAUAGAGAGGAGAGAAGAGGAGAAUGCACGUAGCCUGAUUGUUGUGACUGAAAAUAGGCAAUGCAGAUGGAGAAGUGGAAGCCUGAUUGUAGAAAUUGUUGAAUAUUUUUUGGCACGUACCAUUUUUGACUUUCGUCUGUACGUACAUUUUGAGUAUGGAUCCUACACAUUGUUCUAUAAAGAGACCCCUGGUGUCUGGGCUACUGGGCAAUGCCUGAGACUGUUAAAUGACACUUUGAUUAUAGUGCACGAGUUGUGUGAGGGUUUGUAAACCAAUGUUUUCAUAUAAUUUUGCUGUCGUUUGCUGUGCUACAUUACAGAGAAAUACAAAACCGUACUAAUGAACCUUCAUUAAUAUAGGCCUAUAUUUUAUCUCCAAGUGCACGUCACACACUGAGCGAGCCGCCUGUUAAUG